CGCAGGCGCCCACGGAAGUGGGCCGCAGGAAGCGGAAGUCCCGCCUCUGUCGCGCUCUCUGUGGAAGGCUGAGGCAACGCGGAGACGGUAGUGACCUGAGAGUGCGGCCACCACCAUCGCCAACAUGCGAUUCUUAACCACUGUGCCACCAGGGAAGCCCAUGAGAGGGUUUUGAAGAGUGAGAUGAUAUAUGACUUGAGUCUUGGCACCAUCCCCGAGACUGCUUUGUGGAGAGCAAACUGUUGGGGAGUGUGGAUGGAGGCAGCGAGACCAGUAGGAGAGAGAUGAUGGAGGUUUAAGCCAUGGAGCCUCCUCAACAAGCCCAAGAGUGAGAUGACCCCGGAGGAGCUGCAGAAGCGGGAGGAGGAGGAGUUUAACACAGGGCCACUCUCCGUGCUCACCCAGUCGGUCAAGAACAACACGCAAGUGCUCAUCAACUGCCGCAACAACAAGAAGCUCCUGGGCCGUGUGAAGGCCUUUGACAGGCACUGCAACAUGGUGCUGGAGAACGUGAAGGAGAUGUGGACCGAAGUCCCCAAGAGUGGCAAGGGCAAGAAGAAGUCCAAGCCGGUCAACAAGGACCGCUACAUCUCAAAAAUGUUCUUGCGCGGGGACUCGGUCAUUGUGGUCCUGCGGAACCCGCUCAUCGCCGGCAAGUAGGGGCCUCCUCCCUGCCGUCAGAACUUACCCCUCGUCUUGCAAAGACCUGCCCUUUGUGCUGGGAAUAAUAAAGUCAUGUGUUUUUUCUA